AUGCUGCUACUGAGCCUGGGGCUACAGCCCUCAUCUGGUGUCAUCCCAGUUGAGGAGCAAGACCCAGCCUUCUGGAACCGGCAGGCGGCGGUGGCCCUGGACGCUGCCAAGAACCUCCAGCCCAUCCAGACUGCUGCGAAGAACCUCAUUCUCUUCCUGGGAGAUGGGAUGGGGGUGGCCACAGUGACAGCCACUCGGAUCCUAAAAGGGCAGCUGAAUGGCAGUCUGGGGCCUGAGACACCCCUGGCCAUGGACCACUUCCCAUACGUGGCUCUGUCCAAGACAUACAACGUGGACAGGCAGGUGCCAGACAGCGCAGGCACAGCCACGGCCUACCUGUGUGGGGUCAAGGGCAACUACCAGACCAUCGGUCUGAGCGCGGCUGCCCGCGUAGGCCAGUGCAACACCACCCGCGGCAACGAGGUCAUCUCUGUGCUGAGCCGGGCCAAGAAAGCAGGGAAGUCUGUGGGGGUGGUGACCACCACAAGAGUGCAGCAUGCCUCACCGGCUGGCACGUACGCACACACGGCGAGCCGUGACUGGUACUCAGAUGCUAACAUGCCCAGCCAGGCACUGAAGGAGGGUUGCCAGGACAUCGCCACACAGCUCAUCUCCAACACGGACAUUGACGUGAUCCUGGGCGGCGGCCGCCAGUACAUGUUUCCCAAGGACUCCCCAGACCCUGAGUACCCCAACCAGAGGGGAGUGAGACAGGAUGGCCGAAACCUGGUAGAGGAGUGGCUAGACAAGCACCAGGGUGCCCGCUAUGUGUGGAACCGCACAGCGCUCCUCGAGGCAUCCAUGGACCGCUCGGUGACACACCUCAUGGGCCUCUUUGAGCCCGGAGACAUGAAAUACGACAUAAACCGAGACCCCAACCAGGACCCGUCUCUGGAGGAGAUGACUGAGGCUGCCCUGCGUCUGCUGAGCAGAAACUCCCAGGGCUUCUACCUGUUUGUGGAGGGGGGCCGCAUUGACCACGGCCACCACGAGGGCAAGGCGUACCUGGCGCUGACCGAGGCUGUCGCGUUCGACUCCACCAUUGAGAAGGCCGGCCAGCUUACAAGCGAGAAGGACACACUGACCCUCAUCACCGCCGACCACUCCCACGUGUUCUCCUUCGGUGGCUACACCCUUCGCGGGAGCUCCAUCUUCGGGCUGGCGAACAGCAAGGCCUCGGACGGCAAGGCCUACACCUCCAUCCUGUACGGCAACGGGCCUGGCUACUUGAUCGGCGCGGGCAGCCGUCCGGAUGUCAGCGCGACCGAGAGCGAGAACCCCGGGUACAAGCAGCAGGCGGCUGUGCCCCUGUCGUCAGAGACGCACGGCGGCGAGGACGUGGCGGUGUUCGCGCGCGGGCCGCAGGCGCACCUGGUGCACGGGGUGCAGGAACAGACCUUCGUGGCGCACGUCAUGGCCUUCGCCGCCUGCCUGGAGCCCUACACGGCCUGCGGCCUGGCGCCCCCGGCCAGCACCCCCAGCGCCGCGCCUCCCGCCGGUUCCUCGUCGCGGCUGCUGCUGCCUGCGGGUCUGCUGCUGCCGCUCCUACUGGCGCACGCCGCGCCCUGA